GGACUUAAUUAAACAUCGGUCAUCAAAGCGCAUCAGAACACAAUACAAUUGUCUUAAGAAUUCAUUUUGACUGAUCAUUUUAAAAUGUAAUACUUUUAUUUUGAAGUAAAUGAUUGUGAUUGCUGUUUUUUUUUAGCUUUCAUUUCAAUGUUUUCAAUUUUAUUCUAGCUAUAUUGUAUUAGUCCUUGUAUAUUUGGUAGGCUUGUCUCAUUAAUAGUAUUUGUGUUUUCUUUGACGAUGAUCAAAAACAUUUUGUGAUUUGUGUAGUUGAUGUCAUUACUGAGGUUAGAAUGGUUAUCAACAAGCUGAAAGAGGUGGUGUCACUUCGUGCUCCCGACAGAGUGAAGAAGUGCUUGAUUAGUGAAUGUUUACGAAACAACGAACUGAACUCGAGUGAAUGCCAGACCGUGUUGGAAUGGGCUUUUAGGUGUGUGGUGAGCAGUGACUCCCUGUCCGUGGUCGCCAUGGGCUGGGAGACGCUCAAGUCCCUGGAGGGCCGGGAGGACGUGCGACUGGACGUCAUGAUCACAUGCGACCUGGUCGACCAGUUGUUCCAGGGGAUAUGGCCCAACAGGGCUGAGGUGCCAGCCCUGCUCACGUGGUGUGUCGAGCACAACACCAGCGAAGAGCUGCUGAAGCUGAUGAGGAAGCGUGCGGUGAACAUGGUGAUCCUGUGCACGGGCUGCAGCGCCGGCACGGUGCUGACAGUCCUCGAGUUGCUGGACAAGUUCUGCGCUCUGCCCUCGGACCCCACGCAGCUGGCUGCCCUCACGGAGGCCGUGUCAUACUGCCUGGCCAUGAUGCCCAUGCCCGCGACCAGGCCCUUGGAGGUGCAGGAGUUCUUCAGCCAGGCAGGCCGGAUCACGGCCUUCCUCAGGGGUGUGUGGGCCAAGUGCAGCCAGCAGGUCUACCGGCAGAUGGCCAGGACGGCGCUCAAGGUCAUCUACUCUGCCAUCUCCAACACAGUGUGCACAGGGGAGAACUGGCGAAACGUAUUCACAGCCCUGAAGGAGAGCGGCUGCUACGUGUCCCCCGCCCUGGCCUGCCUGCUGGAGCUGGUGGGGCCCGAGGUGAUGCCUGGUGUGGAGCGCGCCAUGGUGCAGGGUGGGGCCCGUGACGAGGACCUGGUGCAGAUGGUGACCGUGCUGUGCACCUGGCUACUGCAGGCCCCCCGCUGCUCAUCGGUGCCUCGCUGGGUGCUGGCGCUCGUCGCAGCCUUGGAGGCUGAGUGCAGGUAUGAGGUACUGCUGAAGGUGGUCAGCGGCAACAUCACGGAGCAGCUAUUCCGGGCCUUGCAGCUACCAGCGGUACGGCCAGGCGUGGCGCCGGUGCUGUGGCACUUCCUUGCCGCCAGCCGGCGCCAGGACAUCUUCGUACGGGUGGCAGGGCUGGUGCCCAUGGUGGCGCAAGCCCUGCUCCGCGAGGGCUCAGAGGCCAGCCACCAGUGCCUACACACGACCCUGGACAUGUGCCGUGCCUACAUGGACUUGUUCCCAGGACAUGAUGAGCUCUACCGCCCCAUCCUCGCCUUCCUGAAGGAGUUGCCUCAGUACCCUUCAAAACCUUUCCUGAAGGCGGAGUGUCCGGUCUGGUUUGUGAAUCCCACCCCCAUCAUGUGGCAGUCACAGGGCUGCGUGGAGUCUGAGAGCCACACGCGAAGGAUUGGCCUUGUAAAUCUGGGAAAUACCUGCUAUAUGAACAGUGUACUGCAGGCACUCUUCAAGACUAAAAGGUUCUGCCACGCCCUGCUCAGCGCCAGCUGCACCAGCUCCCAGACGCUGCUGGAGAAGCUGCAGGACCUGUUCACGCUGCUCAUGUGCUCCCAGCGGCCGUCGUUGUCCCCGGACCAGGUGUUCAAGGUGUGCCGCCCCGUCGACUUCCAGACCGGCCACCAGCAGGACAGCUCCGAGUUCCUCACACACUUGCUUGAUGCCCUCCACGAAGAGGAGCUUCGUCAGGUUCGGGCGACCCAGCCCGUGCCGAGCAAGCUGUCUGCAUUGUCGAGGAAGACUGCCGUGCCAGAGAGAAUGGCAGAUGAGGAAGAUGCCGCGAAGAGCGAAGAGGAGGGCAGUGCUGGCACCAUCACUCGCUGGACCACGGAGGAGGAUCUGUCUGACUCGUCUGCUUUGCAGAAGAAGUCACGCUCCAUUGCAGAUUUCUCCAGUGGUGAAGGGGAUGACACACAGGACCCACAAUUAGGCGGCAGUCCUACCAACCCAACCGACAGAGGCCCAGGCAGCCCAUGCCUCUCCCAAGGCACGAGCCCGCCACGCCACACCAUAGUCCAGCAGUGUUUCGGAGGCAAGAUGCUGACCACGUACCAGUGCCACGACUGCAAGGCUGACUCCGUCCACACCGACAUGUUCCGGGACAUCCAGCUGUCCUUCCCCGGCGACCACGAUGAUGAGGAGCACAGCCUCCAGGGCCUCGUGGAGUACUUCCUGUCCCCGGAGGAGCUGUGUGGUGACAACCGCUACUGGUGCGAGAAGUGCGGUGGCUUGAGGGACGCCACGCGCUCCCUGGCUGUCCUCGAUGCCCCCUACCACCUCCUGCUCACCCUGAAGCACUUCCGUUACGACUCAGCUCGGCGGCAGCGCACCAAGCUGCUUCACAGGGUCACGUACUCGGGCCGGGUGAGCGUGCCCGUGGUGGGGGACGGACGUGCCCGACGCUGCGAGAGCUACCGGCUCUAUGCAGCCGUCGUCCACUCCGGCAAGAGCAUGGACUCCGGACACUACUACACGUAUGCCCUGGACGAUGCGCAUGCCCUCGACGGCUGUGACAGGUGGUUCGAGUUCAACGACGACGUGGUUCUGGCCCGGUCCGUGGACUCCCUCUCCCAGUGGCACCUGGCCGACACGCCCUACAUCCUGUUCUACGUGCGGGAGUCUGCGUCCUUGCUGGACGCGCCCGGCUUCUCGGGCGUGAGCGGCCGGCUGGAGGAACUGGUCGCUAGGGACACUCUGUCGUACAUCCAGGAGACGAGGGCGGAGGAGGAGAGGCGACGUAAGCAGGAGCAGAAGAACAAGACGACGGUGGUUCGUCAGCACCCGUGGAACGGCGACGACGAGGACCCGCCCGGUGGCUGCGGGGAUGGCGUCCACCUCAGCACUGAGCCAAAUAGGUUUAUAUUUUAAUGUAAUGUUGAACUUAGCUGUGAAAUUCACACUGACAGAACCACUUACAUAUUUUUGCUAUUGUGGCCUAGUAAGCUGAUAAUGGUGAACUAAAAUUUGUAUUAAAAAAUUUGUCAUGCAGUUAACAUUGUAUGACUUUUAUAAUUUUGUGGUUAGUAAUUUCAUCUGUGGAUACAGAAAAGAUCAAAAAAUUACAUUUCAGCUACAUAUGAGACUACAGGCACACUUGCAAGUGAAUGUAAUUAGAAAUGUGACUUAAGACAUGUUUUUGUAAUGUUAAUGACAAUUUCAGUAAUAAUAUAUAGGUAUUAUUCAGUUAUGUACAUCCCAGUGCUCAGUUAGUUGUUAAUUAUUGGGCAGUUUCACCAAUAGUAUAAAGAUUUACAAUUAAAUAUUGUUUUGUUAAUAUUUAACUAUAAUCACAUUUGAUAAAAACUUUUUAUCUAUUUUCAGAACAGAAUUAUAAAAAUUUGAGUAUUGUUUUGUGUGUCCAAAGAAAGAGUUCUUGUUUUUCAUGUAAAUAUACUUUUUUUUUUUUUAUAUCUUGCCACAAUAUUUGUAAAUAAAAGAGUGUAAUUUGCGUGGUCAUAAAAAAAAACAUUGCUUUUUGAAGUUGUACCUAUGACUUACAAGGGCAUGUUGGCUCGGUGUGCUACUUAUUUAUUAGUAACGCUGUUGGUUACUCUUUUAAGUUGGCUAGUAUUAAAUAGCAUCCAAAUUCUUCAA